GGUACUGCAAGUGUCAAAUACAUGGCUUUGUAUUAACAUGUUGUGUGACACCUCACCACUAGAUGGUGCUAUAAACCAACAAGCAUUAGUCGUCUACUACUAAGAAAAAGCUGCUGUGUGUCGCCGGCUCAAAUUUACACUUUUUACAACCAAAACGAUGUAAACCACCACCACCGGCUAGCAUAUGUUUUUGAUAGUGGUUAGAGAUAACAGAUUCUACCAAAAACGUCUUUUUUUCCUCAAUUACAAGUUAAACUGUAUGAAAAUUUGUGUACAGUAAUCCGCGAUAGUAUAGAAUAUUAAUAAACAAAAUGUUUUCGUAGUUAGGGCAUAGAAAACAUGUUUAUGACUUCCCAAUUACGGGUUUUAACAUUUUUAGAGCCCUGUAGACAAGAAAUAACACUCCUAUAGUCACUUUUACACUCCUAUUAUUCUUUGUUUACAUCACAUUGCUCAGGCUAUGGAUCACUGCCGCGUUAUAACAGACGGCCGAUGCUAGCAUAGAAAGCUACCGAGCUAACUACCUAGCCUCUCCAAUUUACUUAUUCUAAAGUUAGGACGGUGUUUCAAACGGAGUAAGGAAGAAGAACAAAGACGCCAAAAACUUACCACCUCCACAUGGAAUAAGAAGACAACCUUUUUGCCCCCCACUCGUUCUCAGACAUGCACGUCCGUCCCAGCCAUGGCACGACUGUCCCGGCCAUGGCACGUCCGUCCCAGCUCAGUAGCUGUAGUCUUCAUGCAGUGUGAAAGGUCAGGUCAGGUCAGGAACCAGCGAUCAUUUACUAAUUAAUUAUUUUUUGAAAAAACGCAAUAUAGUUAGAGAGCGAUAUUCGAACCACAAUAUAGCGAGGGACGACUGUACAUUGUUGUUCGUCCUGAAUAAGGUGAUUGCUCUCUCAUCGCUUUCGGGUAUUUACUGUACGUAGUUUACCGUCACGUGACCACACAUACAAAAGCAGUCUCUGAGAGGCAAUGAUGUUGUACAUUCAAAUCUUUAUCACUGGCUGCUAACAAACAUAACUCGUGUGCAUGUUACGUUGGGCGUAGUUUACAUACUCAAAGCAGGAUGAGGCCGGGGUGUAGUACAUCCAAAUGCUAGCGCCCCCCAUCGCAGUGCCCAACCAUGACAGACAGCACCUUUAAGCUGAACUUGUGUCUAAAAAUAUUUGCAUACCAUCGCCGUAAUUUUUUAUGUGUGCACACCUUGUGCAUGGUGGUUAUCUUGCACUGUAAACUAGUCAAUGUGUAACUAACUGGAUAAAAGAAGCAAAAACCCAACCCCUCUACUAUACAAUCAUCCUAUGAAGCAUCACUUUCACAUUCACUCUACAAGGUAACGUUUGACAAUCUGAAGAUAAGAUCAAAAUAAACAAUGCAACGCUUCAUAUUGUAGCUGUAAUGUAGAUUUUGAUCAUACUGUACGAGAAGCGGUAACACAUCGGCGCAUGCGGUCAGCCGUAACCAGGACAGAAACGGACUUUGCUCAUGGACGCUUCACGACCUGAUUUUUGUGACGUUGCCAAAGGACUUUGGAUCGUCUCAGGGAGCAGGCACUGGACCCAAAUCUCAGGAGGUUUACUGUUACACCAUCACAAUCUUGGACAUCAGCAAUCAGCCAUGGAAUGGAAGAACAAGAUCACACGAAGCCAGUCCCUAAGAAGCGUCUCCACGUCCAGGACAGACGGAAGGCUGCUCAGCAGGACGGUGUCCGUGUCCCAGUUGGUUUUAAGAUAUCAAGAUAACACUGAUGGAAAUCCUUCUGCUAACGCUGCCUCAAAGGAAAAGGGUGAGAGGAAUCAGAAGCCAUCAGUUGAGCAGACGACCUCCACCUCCACCCCUCCACCUGUCAAUGGCCCACUGCAAGGCAAAGAGCCUCCAAUGAGCAGAAACCACAAACAAGAACCCUCUGAGGCCCAAACCACUUUAAGCCGCAGUAAGUCGAUGGGGAGCCUUACAAACAACACAGAGUCCAUCGUGGCCCUGAAGGCUCACUUUGAGUCGAUCGUGGCGCGAAACAAGCUGCAGAGCGGCUUCAAAGCAGCGGACGUCACAACGCCUUCCAAAGAAGAAAAGCCAGCAAUGACUGGAGAGAUGGAAGCGAGAAAGAGCUCUGCGAAGGAGCAGAAGGCUCCUCACGCUUCCGUAAACCAAGCCAAAAGUGAUGCAAAGCAGGAAAACGCACCAGAAAAGGUGGUGAGUCGGGCAGAGAGAAGGCAAACAAUUGGAGGAGGUGGUUUUGAAAGAACUGGGGCCUCUGAAGCUGAUGAAAAGUGGAGGUCGACUGUUGGCUUCAGGGAAAACUCCUUCUUCCCAGAAAAGGAUAAACUGUGCGUCUCAGUCAAAGCUCUGUCUGCUAUCUACCUGUCAAAAGUGGCAACUCGGGAAGCAAAGCAGACACUUUUAAAACCGGCACAAGAUCAGUCAUCUGAAACAGGGAGACGAGCCACUCUAAUGAAGAUGGCCGAAGACGCCCAACUAAAUAAAGAUGACCACCUUGGACAUCAGCUCGGGACUCAGCCACAAACCCAAACUCCCAAAGAAAUGUUGUUCCAACAGCGUCAGAAAUGUGAGCUGAGGAGACUCUUGAAGCACACACAUCCCGAGCUGAAGAUGCUGGAUGAGGUGGUGGAUGAGGAGCUUGCUGAGGUCUUGAACUCACACUCCGAGGUGACAGCUGAUGAAAGUGGAUACGAGGGAGAGGUCCGCUCCAGACGCCUGAUAUUUGAGACCUGUUCCCUGAGUGAUAAAGAAUCAGCUUACAAUCCCAGGAUGCACAUGGCUGAAGAAACAGUAGAAAAAGGGAACGUCAGUAAAACAACAGCUGUGUUUGAGCACUCGAAUGAGAGGUCAAGUCUUGCUCAACCAGUCUUGGCCUCUGACCUAAAGCUGGCUUCUGGUCCAGAUCCCGGCAGAGAGCAUGAGGAGGAGCCUAUAAGAAUAGAUAUACAAGCAACCAGAAGGAAGUUUGAGAGUCAGUGUGUGGAGACAUCUCAGCCAAAUCUCGAUAACAAGCCCCAGCGUAAAGUUUCUAAUUCUGGUAUUGCCACAGCGGUAAUCAAAGAACAGCAAUCCCACAAACAAGGACCAUGCAAUGCUCGUCACAGCACAACUCUCGGAGGUAACGAAGACAUUUCAAAACGGUUUGAGGCAAAAGAAGAAGAAUCUCAGGACAGUAUAAAAACCAAGGCAGCCCUUAUGCAAAACAACCCAUUCAUAUCACAAAACAUACAAGAAGAACAUUCCUACAUUUAUACAAGGAAAGCAAAUCUAGCAGCAGAAGAUGAUGUUUCCGCUAAGGUUAAGGACAGAGCCCAUUUGUUUGAGUCAAUGCCGUUUGACAGAAUCCAACACCAGAACAAGGAUGAAGUGGAAACAAUGGUGGAGACUCUCAGGGAAUCACUGCACUCUCUCCAUCGCUUCAAUGUCAUUCAUGCUGAUGGCGCCAUCAUUGAGGUCAACGAAACCAUGCGAGCCAAAAAGGCCAAGUACACCGUAUCAGGAAACAGACCUGAGAUUAAUUAUGAAGAGGUCUCUGAGGGCAAUUUCCAAAACCUCAUCUUACGUGUGCUGCCCCGAGCAAACCUGAAGCCCCGGGUGACUUACCUGAAGGAGGCCUGUGAUGGAGCCAUGAAGAGCUUGUUUGUAAAUGUACCUGUGCACCAGCAUCAGGACUGUAAAACUGCCAACGUGCUUCAACUAAUUGAGGAUGUUCUUAAUCAAGAUAACUCUCUGAGGAAAGGAGUCAUAAUCCAGGAGGAUUCCAGCAGAUCUGAGGACAUCAUCGUUUACUCCCUUUAUAAGUAUAACGAUAAGGAAGAUGUGCGACAAUAUCAUCCUCUACAAGGGUAUUGUUCAGAGAUGAAUGCACACAAGUCACCUGUCAACUCUUCAGAUAAGACCUGUCAAGGAUCAGUCAGUCCUGAAGUCAAGGGAAAUGUCAAACUAUUCAAAAGUUGCAUCGAGAGGGGAGAACUGGAGUAUCUGAAAACUCUUCAGGCAGAGUCAACAGUUGAAGAACAGAUGACGGGACAAAGCACAGAGAUUAAUCCUGAACAGAGAGGCAAGGUUGCAGAUGAGGGUGCUCAAGAGUGGGUACCAGUGGAUGUAAAGGAGCUGAGAAGUAUAUUCUCUGCAGAUCAAAAAACAAGCCAAUCUAGUCAAAAUAUUGACAAAACCACAAGUUCUCCAGGACCAAAUGUGACACCAGAUAUGGCUGUUGAUGUCCCUCCUCAUGGAGAAGACAAUGAGUGUAACACCAAAGCUCUUGAAGGACCAAAAGACUCCAUCGGUCUGUUGGAGUUUGACACAGUGUGUGGAGACACGGUCCUCCAAGCUGAAUUAGUGGAGGUGGUAGACAACGACAAUUACGAAAUCUCCAACCUCCAAUCUGCAAUCCACAGCCUCCAACAAGCCACAACUGAAGCCAGAUCUUUACAGCAGUUGUCACAAGUAAAGCAGAAAUCUGGAGAACCAGUUGAUGUCAACUCACAGGAGAUACACGGAAAACAAAACACACUGCCGAGAGACUGUGGGCAAUCAGAUGAGACUGUCUUGAGCAUCAGUUCAGAUCCAGAUAUUCAACAUGAAAUGACGUGGCUGAAGGAUUUUGCUUCUGAGGAAAUCCACAAAGCUGAGGUGGUCCAAGAAAAACACUUGCAAGCUGCUGUGGUCUCUCCAGAUGCUUCAGAAACAUCCACGCAGCAAGAGGAAGAGGAGAAUGUCCUUCAGGGGAAACUCAAAGCAGCCUUGGAUUCCCUGGGGAGGUCCAACAUUAACAUCACUCAAGGAGAUUUCAGAGCAGCAAUGAUAUACCGCAACUCAUCAAAACCUCGAGAAAGACUGAAAACCGACGCAGUUUCUGGUGAGUUGACAGUCAACCAAGAGGUCUGUAGAACAUUACCUUCAAGUCAAAAUGAGGUCAGAGAAGAAGGGAUGCACGCUACAAAAACAGAGUCUACCAGCAAAGACAAAUUAACAAGUGCUCCAGAGAAAAGCAGACGGACUGUUGGACCAAAACCAGCCAUCCCUCCAAAACCGGAACACCUAAAAGUGAAAGAACACAAUAAAGAGAAACAAACAGCUAAGCUCCUUCAAGAAGAAAACACAAUAAAUAUAAGUCAACAUGAGGAAGAUUUGUCUAAAGUAAACACCGGUAUGGUCUUAGAACAAGAUGUAGUGGAUCAGGAAAGACCUGCUGUGAAUGAAACACAGACACAAACAUCUCAGGAAAUUCACAAAAAACAACAACUCCAUGCCACCGUGGGAAAAGACAGCAAAAAAGAGAUGAAUGUCCAGGAGACAUGCACCCAGGACAUGAAUGAAAGUGAGGAUAUCCACGUAGACUUUGAUGAGGCGUGCCACAUGUUUGGCGGUAAAAAGGCUCCUUCAAAGAAGAAGCCGCCAGUGAAACCAAUGAGAGUGAAAAUAGCCCAACCUGAAUAUAAAGACACCGAGGACAUAUCUGAGGUGAGACAACCAACCCUACUCAGCCAGUCAUGUUGCAGUCCACCUGGACAAAAAGACGAGGCAAAAAGUAAACGGAACAUCAAGGUUGCGUUGAGGCCAAAGAAGGGAAGGACGGAGACCGAGGACGAACGGCGACAGCGCCUGUCGGUCCACAUGGACGAGAUCAUGCGGGGCAACAUCUCCACCGCUAUGGAGAUCUUUGACAACUUGCGAAAGCAGGAGGAGCUGCAGAGCAUCCUCAGUCGAGUUGAAGAAAUCGAAGAGGACACCAGCGAGGUUGAUGUCAGGUCACUGAGAAGAGUGUUUGAGGACGUCCCCGACUGGGUUGUCCAUGCCAGCAAAAAGAAAGACACGCCGGUGAAGACAAAACACAAAGAGGAGACGCCGACACUAGCCGAGAGUAAGUCCUCCAUGGCGCACGUUUUUGGAGAUCUGGAAAGAGCCAGUGAGGAAAUCAUGAAUCUCAAAGAGCAGACGUUAGCAAGGCUGGUGGACAUCGAAGACGCCAUCAAGAAGGCUCUGUAUUCUGUCUCUACGUUAAAAUCUGACACUGAUAUUGCUGGCCUGUCGUGCCUUUUUAAGGAGUCACUCGGAAGCGUGCAUGGAUCUUCUGCUAACAUUAGCAAAAUAAGCAUUGGCUCAAGCAAGAAUAAAUCACUGCAAGAACAAGAAGGCCCCACAGCGCCACCUGGGGACCAGAACCUUCAAAAAACCCCAGCGCCCAGAACAAGUCCCACAUCUUCACCUGCUUUCAUCUCCAUCCAAUCAGCGGCAAGAAAGUCAGACAAAGCAGAGCUGCUGCUGCCUCCAGAGGCAACCAACUGCCCAAUGUGCCAGCACAGUCAAAAACCAGAGGAGACAUUCUGCACAACCACAAUUCUUCAAUGCAACAGUCCUGGUCUGAUCAGGAAGAAAGACAGCAGCAAACAAUUCAGCUGCUCUCCUCAGCGAGAGAUCAGCGUCCUGGAGGUGCACACCGACCUCCACGGGAGCGCCAAAACAAUCACAGAAAACUAUGAGAGGACGGACACCCGCGGUAACAGGAUUUACUCGUCAAAAACCUCCACCGUGGUCACCACACAGCCCCAAAACAUCACGCCCUCCACAGGGCAGCUAGAGGUCAGGCCGGCGAUGCGUCAGAUUGCCACAUAUCCAGAGAUUAUGCUGCCUAGCAACAACCACAGUCAUUAAUUUAAAACUUUACCAUGGCUGCUGUUGUGUACAGAAGUCCUGUUUUCAUAUUGAUGUGCUGGGAUGCAUUUGUCCGUUGUAUUAAACGUCUUUUGUUGUUGUUGUUUUGAGAUAAAGACCGUCGAAACUGCCUGAUGGUCUCACUUGU